UCGCACAAACCUCACAGGAAAUGCGCGACUAAUGCGCACUCAUCUUCCCCACCACUGCACCACCAAACCAAACGAACACACACAGCAACCAGCCAAGAUGACGGAUAUCACAGCUGUUCAGGAGCGGGAUGUCACCAAAGUGGACCGCAUUGGUGCGCACUCGCACAUUCGCGGCCUCGGUCUCGAUGACACGCUCGAGGCGCGUAAGGUGUCCCAGGGCAUGGUCGGCCAAGACAAGGCCCGCCGCGCCGCCGGUAUCAUCUUGGAGAUGAUCAAGGAGGGCAAGAUUGCUGGUCGCGCCAUUCUGCUUGCAGGUCAACCGGGUACAGGCAAGACCGCCAUCGCCCAGGCCGUCUCCAAGGCCAUGGCCAAGGACGUGCCCUUCACAAUGCUCGCCGGCUCGGAGCUCUACUCACACGAGAUGAGCAAGUCCGAGGCCCUCACACAGGCCUUCCGCCGCAGCAUCGGUGUCAGAAUCAAGGAGGAGACAGAGAUUAUUGAGGGUGAAGUGGUCGAGGUGCAAAUUGACCGCCCAGCAACAGGAUCGGGCCAGAAGGUGGGCAAGCUGACGCUCAAGACAACAGAGAUGGAGACGAUUUAUGACCUGGGAACAAAGAUGAUUGAGUCCGUGAUCAAGCAGAAGGUCGCUGCUGGGGAUGUGAUCACAAUCGACAAGGCAUCUGGCAAGGUGACGGUGAUUGGCAAGUCGUAUGCGCGUGCGCGGGACUACGAUGCCAUGGGCCCGCAGACCAAGUUUGUGCCCACGCCGGAGGGCGAGCUGCAGAAGCGCAAGGAGGUUGUGCACACCGUCAGCUUGCACGAGAUUGACGUCAUCAACAGCCGCUCCCAGGGCUUCCUCGCCCUCUUCUCUGGCGACACUGGAGAGAUCAAGCCUGAGGUGCGCGAGCAGAUCAAUGCCAAGGUUGCCGAGUGGCGGGAGGAAGGCAAGGCGGACAUUGUACCCGGCGUGCUCUUCAUUGACGAGGUGCACAUGCUGGACAUUGAGUGCUUUGCGUUUCUCAACCGCGCGCUGGAGAACGCGAUGGCGCCCGUGCUGAUUAUGGCGACGAACCGUGGCAUCACCACCAUCCGCGGCACAAACUACCAGAGCCCGCACGGCAUCCCGCUCGAUCUGCUUGACCGCACGCUGAUUGUGCCGACCGUCGCGUACAAGCCAUCAGAGCUGUCACAGAUUCUGAAGAUCCGGUGCGAGGAGGAGGAUGUGGACAUGGCUGACGAUGCGCUUGAGCUGCUCACCAGCAUUGCUGCAAAGACGUCCCUCCGCUACGCCAUCCAGCUCAUCACCACCGCCAACCUCGUCUGCAAGCGCCGCAAGGGGCUUGAAGUGGAGAAGGGGGACCUUCGCCGCGUGUACACACUCUUCCAGGACCUGGAGCGCUCUGUGCACUUCCUGCGCGAGUACCAGGCGCAGUUCCUGUUUGACGAAGGGGAAGUUGCUGCUGCCCCUGCUGCCGACGUUGCUGCACUAGCGCCCACGACGGCCGCGGGCUCAACCACCGCCGCCACCAUGGAUAUGGGUGGUGACGACGAUGACGACGACGAUGACUUGUAAAUGCCAGCAGAAACGCGCGCUCCAUGCGCCUGCAUUGUCUUGUUGUUGGGCCGUGUGUCUGGGUCUGUGUGUGCGUAUGUGAGUGAGACAAAGGAGGUUAUGAGAAUGUGUGUGUGUGUGUGUGCUUGUGGCUUGUGUGUGGAUGUGCGCAUGUUGUGAAAGCAAUGCCUGUGGCUUUCCUGGUGUGACUUUGGUUGUGUGGUGAGGGCUGCUGCUGGUGCCUCCACAAAUACAACCACAGCGACACAAA